CAGGUGGCGGAGCUUCUCCCGGAGCCGUCCUUCGGGCCAGUCCUCCGGCCGGCCCGCGCCGGGUCAUUGAGCGCACCUGCGCGCCCACGGAGGUGUUCGUCCGCGAGCCGGCGCUGCCUCCACGCCCCCUCCCCCCGUAUUUUUAUUUUCCUGGCGUCAACCGUCAGUCUCGCACUUCUCUCCCGAGAGCUACGGCGUAGGGUCAGGCCCGCCUGGGAGCAAACGAGGCCCCUCAGAGCUCCACCUAGUUCGCAGGAUAAUAUCCCACAGCAGAACUUGGAGUCAGCAAUGGCUAAACCCCAGGUGGUUGUAGCUCCUGUUUUAAUGUCUAAGCUGUCUGUGAACGCUCCUGAAUUUUACCCAUCAGGUUAUUCUAGUUAUGCAGAAGCCUAUGAAGAUGGUUGUGAGGAUUAUCCCACUCUAUCAGAAUAUGUUCAGGAUUUUUUGAAUCAUCUUACAGAGCAGCCUGGCAGUUUUGAAACCGAAAUUGAACAGUUUGCAGAGACUCUGAAUGGCUGGGUUACAACAGAUGAUGCUUUGCAAGAACUUGUAGAACUCAUCUACCAACAGGCCACAUCUAUUCCAAAUUUCUCUUACAUGGGAGCUCGCCUGUGUAAUUACCUGUCCCAUCAUCUGACAAUUAGCCCACAGAGUGGCAACUUUCGCCAAUUGCUGCUUCAAAGGUGUCGGACUGAAUAUGAAGUUAAAGAUCAAGCUGCCAAGGGGGAUGAAGUGACUCGAAAACGAUUCCAUGCAUUUGUACUCUUCCUGGGAGAACUUUAUCUUAACUUGGAGAUCAAGGGAACAAACGGACAGGUUACAAGAGCAGAUAUUCUUCAGGUUGGUCUGCGGGAGUUGCUGAAUGCCCUCUUUUCCAAUCCUGUGGAUGACAACUUAAUUUGUGCAGUAAAAUUACUGAAGUUGACAGGGUCAGUUUUGGAAGAUGCCUGGAAGGAAAAAGGAAUGACUCAUAUGGAAGAAAUUAUUCAGAGAAUUGAAAAUGUGGUCCUAGAUGCAAAUUGCAGCAGAGACGUGAAACAGAUGCUGUUGAAGCUGGUAGAACUCCGGUCAAGUAACUGGGGUAGAGUCCAUGCAACUUCAACAUACAGAGAAGCAACACCUGAAAAUGAUCCUAAUUAUUUUAUGAAUGAACCAACAUUUUAUACCUCUGAUGGUGUUCCUUUCACUGCCGCUGAUCCAGAUUACCAAGAGAAAUAUCAAGAGUUACUUGAAAGAGAAGAUUUUUUUCCAGAUUAUGAAGAAAAUGGGACAGAUCUAUCGGGGGCUGGUGAUCCAUACUUGGACGAUAUUGAUGAUGAGAUGGACCCAGAGAUAGAAGAAGCUUAUGAAAAGUUUUGUUUGGAAUCAGAGCGUAAGCGAAAACAGUAAAGCUAAAUUUCAACAUACCAGUUUUAUAAAGCAGUAUAGGUUAUGGUGAUUUAGCAGUACACAGGAAAGCAGGAAAAUGUGUCAUACUUAAUACCAAAUUAAGGAAGUUGAGUCGUUACUAAUGUAUGCAACUUUAAUUUUGUUUAACACUCUCUGCCAAAAUAAACUUUAUUCCUUAUAACUUAAGAUGUGUAUAUAUAUAUAAUAGUUUAUUAUGUACAGUUAAUUCCACUGUUUUGGCUGCAAUAAAAUCGAUUUUGAAAUAAAUGAAAUGUUGAAAGUAAAUUUUGCUAGUUGGUUAGAAGCUUAUCCUUUAAAUUCUACUUUUCAUGAGGGGAAAAAGUCUUAGCCUGGAAAUACAUAAUAUUGCAAAAUGUAGCAUCCUUUUUUAGAGGAGUAUAUAGCUUUCAUUUAGUUUUACAUUGUCUCAAUGAAUUGGUUUUCAGAUAGGAAUCACAAUCAUGAAAAUCUUUAGCACUAAAGUCUUAGAAUAUAUCACUAACUGAUUUACAUAUCCAGAUGCUGUUUAAUACCAAGGGCUUUUAAAAUGUCAUUUAAAAAAACAACUUAAAACUCCCAACUAAACAACCAGGCUUCUUCACUGAGCAUUUAUUUGCUAUUCUAGAAUUAUUUUUGGAUUUUGUUUUGUUAGUUUGGUUUUUUUCUAACUUCAUUACCCUAAAGCCUCUGGCAUUAUUCUGCUUUAUUUAUAUGGCUUUCAUUUUUAUUUUGUAGCAUGAGUUGCAUUGACUUUUUUACUAGAGAAUUUUACUAGAUCUUUGUCAUUCAUGUUUUAUUCUGCUUUAGAAUUGAUCCAUCUUGAGGAUCACUUUUCUAAUACUUUUACUAUAAUGUAGUACCACCUCAGCCCUAUUUAAAAAUAUUUUUACCUAAUGUCAAGUCUUUUUCCAACUAACUAAAAGUAAAACUUCUAUACAAAAGGAUCACUUGUAAAUAAUGCAUGUAAAUAGUUCUGUUAAUAACCCACUGUUUUACAUUUCGUACAUCUGUGUCUGCUAAUACAGUUAGGUUUCUCACUUUUCUGCUUGUUUGUUCAGUCUGGAUGAAAAUUAGACUUUGAAAAUAAAAUUUAAAUAGUUUUGUUUCCUCUAA